AUGGGUGCCGUCGCGAUCAAUCGGAAGCGCAGCGAAGAAACUUUCAAUUUCAAUCAACAAUCAACCGGAAAUUUCCGUCAUUCGCCGUAUCUUCAAGCUCCCAAGAGACGCAGAUUCUCCUCCGGUAUCAUGUCUGAAGAUUCCGGUAAGCCAGCUUCGUCUUCAAACCCAACCAUCUCAAGGAUUUCGAAAUAUCCCGACGCGAAAGCUCCUCUUAGACGAGAAAUUCACGCCCCGAGCAGAGGAUUUCUUAGAUUCGGGCCAUCGUCUCGUUCUUCUUCGAUAGCGAAACCUAACGAUGACUGCGAGAAUGACGAUUUUUCUCGAGGGAGUUUUUUCUUCCGCAAGUAUGAUAUUGCAAAGAGAACAGCUUUGGAUGCUUUGAGAUUCCUUAAGAAAGAUAAGGAGUUGAUUGAUUUGGUCGAUGAUGAGCCUGAAAAAGAAGCUGUUUCCGUAGAUUCAAGCGUUGAAGAACUUGUAGUUAUUGACUGUGAUGAUGAAGAAGAGAAGCUGGUGGAGGAGAAGAAGAAGAAUCUUCAGCCUUCGUCUGCUUCCGAUAUUGGAAAUGGGAAGAGCAAGUUGAGAGUUGAUGACACUAGUUCGAUGAUGGAUUCGUUGUCUUUAGGUAGAGAAAUGACGACGACGGAUGCGUCGAGUCUCGAAGCUUAUAAAAAGCUUAUGCAAAGCGCAGAGAGAAGGGAUUCAAAGUUGGAAGCUUUGAGUUUUGAGAUUGUGUUAAAUGAGAAGCGUAUGUCUCAGCUACGCCAGUCUCGCCCAAAGCCUGUGGAAAAGGCUGUUAAGGUGCCGCAAGAACCUUUUAUACCUCUCACGGAGGAAGAAGAGGCUGAAGUCUACCGUGCCUUUUCUGGGAGAAAUAGGAGGAAGGUCUUGGCUACUCAUGAAAAUUCAAAUAUUGAUAUUACUGGAGAAGUUCUUCAAUGUCUUACACCAUCUUCAUGGCUAAAUGACGAGGUUAUCAAUGUCUAUCUUGAACUACUCAAAGAAAGAGAAACUAGAGAGCCUAAAAAGUAUUUGAAGUGUCAUUUCUUCAAUACGUUUUUCUACAAAAAGCUGGUAAGCGAAUCCGGUUAUAAUUAUAAAGCUGUCAGGAGAUGGACUACACAGAGAAAGUUGGGAUAUGCUCUCAUUGACUGUGACAUGAUAUUUGUUCCGGUCCACAGGGGUGUACAUUGGACCUUGGCAGUUAUUAAUAACAGGGAUCGCAAGUUCUUGUAUCUUGACUCACUGAAUGGAGUUGAUCCGAUGAUUCUGAAUGCUCUGGCAAAAUAUUUAGGGGACGAAGCGAAGGAAAAAAGUUCAAAAAACAUUGAUGCUAGUUCGUGGGACAUGGAAUUUGUUGAAGAUCUUCCCCAACAACAAAAUGGGUAUGACUGUGGAAUGUUUAUGCUUAAAUACAUAGACUUUUUCAGUAGAGGCCUGGGGCUAUGUUUCAGCCAGGAACACAUGCCAUACUUCAGGCUAAGAACGGCAAAGGAGAUUCUGAGACUACAUGCGGACUGA